AAAUCCUCAUUGGCUUACUAUAGAAAACUAUUGUGCCUUUUUCAUCACACAAAAUCAACUAUCUUUACUCAACUUUUUCUUGUAUAUAAUCCUACAUUUCCUCUUUGCAUUCAAGAAAUCUCUUGCUGCAUAAUUUCCUUACGUCUCUUCCUCUUUAGUUUAAUUCAGAAGGGAUUCGACUCUAGACAAGUGAAGUCGUUGCUUAAGACCUUAAAUUCUAAGGACAUCCAUAAUAGUUUUCGUCCUUAUUAUUUUGCUUUGCACCCCCAAAUUUCUUGAAUCAUCUUUGAGUAUUGUUAUCGUCGUUCUUGUUUUUCUUCUAAGCACGAGAAUAUAUGGGAAAUUCUCUCUCUUUUGGCAAGCACGAUAUAAGUUCGUGUAUCAGAUUAGGCAGAGGAAGAAACAACAGAUUUUUCAAGGUGGAGAGACCGGAUAGUACCGGAACUCCUCUGUUGAAUCCAGUUCGAACUGGAACUCUGCCUGCCGCAGCUGUGCCACCACCGGUCGGGGCUGAAGCUGAGCCAGCCGCUGCAGUCAAGAGGAUUAAAGUAGUCAUUACAAAGCAGCAGCUUCAGGAGUUAUUAUCAAAGAAAAUAUCAGUUGAAGCAGUUAUCCUAGGAAUAGAUAGAUCAUGUAAUUCAGUUGAAUCUCGGAAAAGUUGGAAGCCUAUUCUUAAAUCCAUUCCUGAAGAAAAUGAGUUGUGCUAGGGAAGAUAGUGUUGUAGUGAUAUUAAACUGAUUCUGAAUUUCGAAUGCAUUUUUUCUGCAAAUUAAGUUAGAAUCAGUUUGGUGUCAUUAAACAUAUAAAGAGUUGGUAUUAUUUUGUUUACUGAUGUUUCUUGUCAACUUUCCUAAGAUGAAUUACGGUUUCAUGUGUCCUUCAAUCAGAAACUUUAACUUGCUUGGUAUUGAUGAAAACUAAAAGCAUGUACGAGAUGUGCUAGACAUGACAAUUGACAAGAUUAAUCAUUGUAGACUCGAUGUAAUCUAAUUAUAUUGUACGCUUUGUUAUGCCCUGAAAUCUGUGAAGCCUUCUUGGAAUCA